GGAAAAGUUCGUGCAUGAGGUGAUCACCCAGAGCUUCCACACGCUUCUCAUUACGUAAGCAGUUACGGAGGAGAUUAUGGUUUAUGCGCUCGAGCUCAAGUUUCCAGUUCGUGGAAGAUGACAAAAAGUUGACUGUAUAAUUCUCUAUUCAAUGAUUCGGAUUUCAAAAUGAUUUAAGUUCUUAGUAAAAUGAGUCUCAGCCUACUUCCAAAUCAAAUAGGGAAGAAGAAUGACAGACAACGAUUCAGAGGCCUAUGCGGUGCAACUUCGGUCUUCCAUGGUCAUCGGACGGUGCUUAGUACUGGCAACUUAUCCAGAGUGAAUCGACCAUUUUUCUCGGCUGAUCAAAGCUGAUGAGCAGAAGAAGACCAGUCAUCAGCCGAUCAAGGCUAACUAAAGGCCAAGCAAGCACGCUAGCUAGCUGCCCAGUUGUACCGUACUGUACGUACUGGUGUUGAUUGUUGAACCCUAGAGACGGACCAGCAAAAAUGAAAAAACUGGACUGAAGUGGUAGUAGUAGACUAGUAGCAGUAUUCGGUUUCAUGGUCAGAGGAGAGGAGGGGCCGAAGUUGAAUACUCGGACUAGUAGUUGAUUUUGACUUGCUAAAUUUGUUUUACUAUAUAUUAUGUUUUGUUUUAACUUCAAAUCUGGUCUAGUCCUCCUACUCCUCCCACUCCGUGGUAACUCGCUCUCUCACACGGUGAAGAAGACUUCGUAAACGAGACGAGGGAAGACUUGGUAAGAAGAAUGGGAAUGGUCAAAACUUUUAUCGGUGGCGUGCGUCAAUGGUUGAUGUACCUUUCCCUCUUCUCUCCUCUCCUCUCUUACUACUACAACGCCUCUUAAAAUCUUUAAUUGCCCCAUCUCUCUCUCUCUCUCUCCGUUGGUUUCUUGGGUAGUUGAAGAGCUUUCUCAUUUUUUUCCUGGGGAAGAGAAGGCUUGAUUUGCUGUUCUCGAUCAUAUUUGCUUCUUUGCUGAAAAGAGCUAUCCUCUACUGCCAUUUUCUUGGCUUUUAAUCAACAUCUUGGUCGAAGGGAAAUGGCAGCACGCCCCCAUGUGCCUCAAUUUGGCAACUGGGACAGCCAAGAAAAUGUUCCCUACACACUGUACUUCGAUAAUGCAAGGAAAGGUAGAGGUGGAAAGAUGAUAAAUCCCAACGACCCCGAGGAAAAUCCAGAAAUGUUUCGCCAGUUUGCUCCCCCAGCUCCAGCACCCUCUAAUAUAAGACCUCAAACGGAGGAACCAGUGGGACGGGGAGCUGUUAGGGCACAGCACGAGUAUCGUGGAAGUAGGGAAGAUGGUAAUUUCAGGCAAUUUGUGGAUUCUCCUGCACGUACUGAUAAUCCAGGCCGCAGGACCUCCGGUGAGUCAACUCAUCACAAUUCUGGUCGGCCAACCAGACACAGUGCAGGGUCUGAGCACAGCUUCGAGCGGUCGCCACUACAUUCACAUCACCCUGCAAAGUUAGCAGGGAAAGGUGGCACAUCUCCCGCUUGGGAUGGAAAGAGCUCGCAUGACAGCAGCCAUGGGACUUACGGGAAGUCCCGUAUGAAGCAAGUUAGUCGAGUGGAGGAAAGUCCUGAUAGAGGUGCUGCUGUUCCAAGAUUUGGUGACUGGGACGAGAACAAUCCUCAGUCAGCUGAUAAUUACACUCAUAUUUUCAACAAGGUGCGCGAGGAAAGGCAUACCGGCCCCUCAAAUCUCCAAGCAGGCAAUAAUUUCGAGCCAUCCUACCACAUGAAGCGGAAGCAAAAUGCCAGUGGCGAUCGUAAGGGAUGCUGCUUUCCAUGGUUUGGAAAUUGAGGAAUUUUUACCUUCUGGUGUCUAUUCAUCCCAUUUGAUGGACCUGUAAGUAGCCCUGAAGGAGUUUUGGUGCAUUUUUUCCCCCCUCUCAGUUUGUUUUGUUGGUUGGGACAAUAAAUUUAAGGUUUCGGGUCUUCUUUUGUCCUGGAACUGGUCACUAGUGUUUUUGUGCCAAAUCUUAACUAGUGUUGCACGAUGUAGCUACCAAUUUCUGAAAUACAAAAAUAUUGAAAAGUGGCAGAUUCUUUAAUUAAAAAAGGAUGUUGCCUUUAGUUCCA